AUGUCUGCGUCAACUUUAAAAUCACACAGCUCAAAACCUACACUCUCAAAUCAUCCCCUGAUUAUAAAAAUGCUGCUCUCCACAGAACUGGAAUAUGCAAGUUACGGGAAAAACUGCAGUUCGGAAUACUCGCCUCAUCUUGAAAAUUUCAAAUAUCUGAUUCAAUUUUUCUAUUUAUUCUGUACAUUAUGUCUUCUGAUCUACUUUAUGAUAGUACUACACAUACAACAUAAGGAAAUCUAUCGGAAUAAUAUGUCUUUUUGGAUUUUUUCCGCCGAUUCUUUUGUGACAAUAAUCCAAAUCCUCCUGGACAUUAGUGCUGUUCGUCUAUUCCUCUACGUCCCUCAACUAUGUCCAACAUUUUCGAAAAUCUUCAUAAACUACAAAUGUCUUAAUCAUAUAAUUUUCCCAAUUUACAAUUACUGCCGAGUUUUCAAAACUGUCUCUCAAUCUGCACAUAUUCUAGUCAGAUACUCUUGUGUCACUAAUAUAUUGACUCAUGAGCAGAAAACGUCAAAAAAGAUUCCAUUGGUUAUGGGGAUAAUUGGGUUUUUGCCAAUUUUGGUGAUUUGGAACACUGUUAUUUCGGAAAAAGAGGUGGUUUUCUGGUACGGUGGAUUCUUUACAGUGUAUCAUCGAUAUGUGCAAUGGGCUAGUCUAUCCUUCCUCCAUCUUAUUUUUCUACUUGUGGCGAUUUCCAUUAUUCUCCUCACAUCACUUCUGAUCUACCGAGAAUUGGAUGAACAUCAAUUGAUGAAUAGUAUUCAAAAAUCCCUAAUUAUUAAUACUGGAUUUGUGACAUUUGCACUGAUGCUUCAAGCAAUCUUCCAGAGCUAUUAUGCUCUAUUCAGACACUAUUCCUGGUUUCCAAUGUAUUUCAUUGAUUUCCAGUUUUUGAUUUACGAUGUGAUGACUGUUGGAUGUCCAAUUAUGAUGCUCAUAUUCGCACAAAAUUUCCGAGCCCAUACCAUGUUUGGACCACGUUCAAAAGCCACAAACGCUUCUCAACACUAUCCGUUUCAGCCAUUUUCAGAGGCGAUCAGAAAGAAAACGGAUGAUCCGCCAAGACCAUGCAAUGCGCUGAUUUUCAGCGGAAUUCCUGAAUAA